GCCAGGGCCGCGUGACACACGGCGCCGAUGUAAACAAACUGUGGACGCUGCCGGGCUGGCGCGGCGCUAUUGGUCCCCGGCGCCGCCCCGACACCUGACGCCCGCCCUGCGCACCGCCCCUCACGCUUUGCCACGGGCACCCCUCAGCCUGCCCGCCCCCCUGCUGCCGAGGGUGUCACGCCUCCACAACGACCAACAGUCAUCAGCCCCGUCUCAGGAAGACCAUGGUAGCUGCCACGCCCGGGACAACCUCGCAGGACAAAACCAGGACGGCACACAAUGGACCGCGGAAGGCACAAACGCGAAGGGGCUCGAACUAAUAGUCCCCACCCAACAGAACGACAGCCUCUACACCUUCAGCCUCUACUCAAACACCUCCUUCCACCCCAUCCUCACCCUCGGCUCCGUCACCCUCGACCCUGGCCAAGUGACGAGCAACAGAACGCUCACACUAUUGAUAUCCUGCCCACCUGACGCUAAUAACUGCACAGCGAAGAUCGGUGAGGUAACACAGACCGUUGACAUCCCAGCACCUCCUUUCACGCUAAUAGCAGAAGAACGUGGCAAUGGAACGUACUUUAUAGUGUACCACAGGCCAACGAAGGAGGGACAAGUAGACGAGGCAGCAGCGGAGGAGGGGCGUUUCAGCAUCGGCAAAAUCAUAGCCCUGGCGAUCCUGGGCGUCAUGAUGGCCGGGAUCGUGGUGGUGGUGGCGGUGUCCAGCUUCCUGUACAAGAGGCCUUUACGUCGCCCCGGUGUCGUGUUCUCCCUUCCCCAAACGAGUGACAAGCGAGAGCCUCUGCUGCAUCCCGCCCCGGACAUAUUGGAAGACGAGGAUACACUCUGGGAGGCCGUAGUAGCAGGGGACAUAGCGGCCGUGAAACUCUUACUAUCCGAGGGGCUUGAUCCCAGGGACAUCGAGCCGCGGCGCACCACCUCCCCUCUGUUGGACGCUCACGUGAUGGGGCGCCGACCUGUGUUGGAGGUGCUCCUUAACCACAUCGGGCCCGCGGUGGAGGACGUCAGCGAACGUUUGAUAGAGCAGGUGUUAGAGGAAUGGGAUAAAAUGACGCGUAAGAUCUUCGUGGCGGCGGAGUGUGGGAUGUACCAGCACGAGGGAGGUGUGGGGGCCCUUCUGACCACCUACCAGCUCCCGGGCACCAUCAGGGACGAGCAGGGGAGGUCCUUGGUGCACUACAUGGCCUCCCCGACGGCCAUGGACGGGCGGCCACCUUGGGAAGCGAAGGAUAUUGUGGCGUUCCUGACCACACAUGAACAUCUGAUUAACGCCGUGGACUUCAGCGGCCGCACCGCCCUGCAUCAUCUCGCCGCUCAUCCUUACCACGAGCUGAAGAGGGUCAUCUGGGGGGGCGGGGAGUGGGGUGCGGAGGAGGCGUGGGUGUCCCUGGUCCAGCUCCUGACGCAGUACGGGUGUGACCCUCGCCUGGAGGAUCUGAGCGGCCGCCUGGCGCAUGAACUGGCCGAGGAAGCGGGGAACGGGGAACUGGCGGUGUUGUUGGAGGAGCGGUGCCAGGAGCUGGGUCCUGCGGGUGCCGGGUUCUCCGCCGUCAACCUGGGCCGGCUGGCGCGGGCGGCGUGGCGCGGCGACACCUGCCUCCUGAAGCAGCUGCUGGAAAACGUGCCGCGGCACAGCCCCAAGCUGCCCACGCCCGCGCUGGCCCUGGCGGCGGCCCUGCAGGAGGCGGUGGUGGGCAGCCAGCGCGACGCGGUGCUCAUACUGCUCUGUGCCGGGGCCUCGCCGCUGUGUGGGACGGGGCAGGCCCGCCUCGCGCCCCUCUACACCUCCAGUUCUGCCAGCGGCCUGCCCGCUGUGCUGCCAGCCCUGCUGCGUCAGGCAUGCUAUCACCAGCUGCUGUCGGAGGCGGCGCGCCCCGGGGCUGGCGGGGCCCUGCGUCGGGGGCUGGAGGUCCUGGCGCAGCACGUGCUGGUGGAGGGGCCGCGGGCGAGGUGGUUGUUCACUAAUAAGGAGGGCGAGGCACAGCUGGAGGAGGCACAGUGUCUUCUGCGGGCAGCAGCGGCGGCGGGGCUGCCCUUGGCGUGCCGCGCCCUGGGCCAGCAGGACCACUGCCUGCAAACCCUGCCACCCGCCCACACGCCCAUGUCCGGCGCCGCCCCCAGCGUGGUGGCGGUGCUGCUGCACGAGCUGGACAUGACGCCGGUGGAUGGCGGCGGGGUGUUGCGGGGCCCCGCGGCGGAGGCGCGGCGCCAAUGGGAGUGUACUGUGUUGGAGGACGUCCUCGAGCGUGAGGGAGACACGGUACGGCGGGCGGCGGCGAGGCGGGUGAUGGCGGUGGUGCUGGGCGAGGGGGGGCGGGGCCCCCAGCCCGAGCACGAUGUGGUGGUGGCGGCAGCGGCAAUGGCGGCGAGGCUCGGGCUGGCUGCCGCCCUGCUGGACAUGGCGGCGUGCUGGAAGACCCUGGACCUGGCGGCGCCCGUCGAGGCGGCGUGGGGCGGCACAGCGCUGCACGUGGGUGCAUUGUGGGGCCACGCCGUGGUGGCGGAGGCCGUGGUGUGUCUCGGGGUGGCCCAGGACCAGCGGGCGGCGGGGGCCAUGAGUGCCGGCCACGUGGCGGCCGUGACGGGCCACGCGGGGCUGCUGGAGUACCUGCAGCAGCAGCGACGCCUUCAGGGCCUGGUCACGGAGGAGGUGUGUGUCGCAGGACUCACGCCGCGUCAGCUGCUGGCGGGCGUACGGGCGUGGGUGGCGCGGCGGGCAGCGCUCACCCGAAGCCAGGUCCUGGACGUGCUGCUGCUGCCGCGGGGCGUCGCGCGGGCCGUGGAGGUGGUGCGGGUGCGGGCCACAAGUCUGGGCGUGGCCAGCCCCAGGGGCCUGCUGCGGCUGUCGGACGCCUGGCUGCACCCCACCGAGGUGAUGACAGGCCUCGAGGCAGAGGCGCGGCGGCUGUGCGGCGCCGUGGCCGCGGCGGGCCUGCCCGGCACGCUGGUGUCUGCUGGCCUCGUGCUGGGUGACGGGAGCCACUUGGUGAUGCUGUACGUGUUGCAGGACGAGACGCUCGUGACGGAGGGGCCGCGAACAUUGCGGCAAGCGUUCCUGAACGCCUUGACAGCAGCGCUGAACACACAGGCGGCCGCCGCCUCCGGGCUGUGCCCCGCGCCGCCUUUCCUCACCUACACGGCGGAGGGGGCGACGCUCGGCUACAUCAGCGCCGCCGAUACUGAGCUACAACUCUUGCGACUUACUCUCGUACCCGCCCUUCCUGCCGACGCUGGCCCCUCUCUGACCCUCGCCCUGGCCGGCGGGGGCGUGGAGGGCACGGGCGUACACGUGACACCCUUGGGCGAGGGGUGGGCGUGCCUCCCAAGCGUGGCUCUGGACGCUGCCAUGGAGAGACUGCCGGACGGCUGGCGGCAGGCGUGGGGCGUGUGUCGCUUCCUGAACAAGCUGCUGGAGCCCCCCUGGUGGAGCCCCGCACACGAGGCGCACCACACGACCACGGCGCCCAUCCCCGACCACGCCCUCGCCUCCGUGUUCCUGCACCAGCGGGCGGAGGAGAAGGAGCCAGGUGAGGAGGAGGGAGCCUUGGCAGUAGUGCAGAACGCGGCACAAGUGUUUGUCCGCGCGGCACAAGGCGACUUUGGGACCGUGUGGUCCGCCAUGGACGACCUGGAACUGUCCCUCUAUACCGAGAUACGACCUGCUCCCUCUGCUGAAGUGGCCGAGGGGAUCCUUGUCUAUCUGAAUGACCUCCUCCAGGCAGCGCAGAAGGAGCUGGAGACGCCGCGGGUCACCUUCAAGGACGUCUGAUCUCAACACACACACACACACACACACACACACACACACUCAGCUUCCUGAACCCAUGAGGUCAUCCUGGAUGGUAUUUUAAGGGCAUGGAAGAAAAUCCUGUCCUAACGUCACUCUACACACACAAACAUCACUUCCCUGCCCUGCUGAUGUUCCUGUACAGACUCUGGAAACACGAACGGCAUUUUUUGCCUCAUCAGGAGACUGUCCAAGGACAAAAAUAAUGAAGCAAUAAAAUGAGACGAAAAGAAGCAGGUGUGCUUUUCUUUCUUCCUCUUCUUACUUUUCUUCCUCUUCCUCUCCGACCUCCUUCUCCUUUUCCUCCUCCUCCUCUUUUCCUAUUAGCUUCAUAUUAGUUGUUUACUCAGCGCUGUAGACUUAAAUUCCUUUCAACAUCUCCUUUUCAGCUGGGUCCCCCUCUUCUUCCUCAUAUAUCCCAUUAGCUUAACAUACAUAUCAGUGUUUACUCAGAGCAAUGGGUUUAGAUUCCUUUCAUUAUCGCUCUUUUCACCAAUCGUUAACUCAGCGCUUAUCAAUGAAGCCGAACUGAAUGCUGUCUGAUGACCCUCCUGCCUAGCUAGCCUCGUCAGCUGUUCUGGGGCAAGAUGCUUAUAGAUUUCUGCGCCCAAGUUCACAUUUUUGGUUUUAGUAGGAGUCUGAGGCAUUUCCAGGGGUAGUUUAAUGACCCUAGUUGUAGUUUAAUUCUUCCUCUGUUAAAGUAACCUAAGAAAACACACAUGAGAACCUGACUGAUGUCCCUUUUGGCCUUUGGAAAUUGUUGAAGUGAAAGGUGGGAGCGUCUCUAUACCGAUACUGAUAAUGUCUAAAAAUGCCGACCAAGGAUAUAUUCGUGAUAGCGUGUGCAUUCAAUUUACACUCGACUAUUUACACCAAUUAUGGCUGCGUUGGCGUGGUCUAAUUACAAUAAUUUUUUCUAAUAGGUAAAGACAUUAGAAGGAAACAGGAGUAGACUGCCUCCCAUUCUGUAAAACUUAUGUAGCUGUGUUUACUGUGUUACUGAUGUGGGUGUCAAGUGGUUUCAUGGUACUAAAAACUGC